CCCACUGACACGGACCAUCAGAGCAGUCUUUGCCCCCGACUUCCAUCUUCCUUCUACACUAUCUUCACCGUCUCUUGCAAUGGCGAGAGGCCUGCCGCUGCUGACAUCGUCGACGCCGACUAACAUCGCGUCCGCGGACGUCUGGAUUGGGCAUGUCCAAUUGCGUGACCUUGUCGUGUGUCCAAAGGACCGUGGCGUUCUCAACUAUGUAAAGCAAAAUGCUAUCGUUGAACAGAACAUGAUUGUCCCGGAUUCGGUGCCACGCAAUCUAGUACAGCUUCCGUUCACACCGAAUACUCUCACUUCUAUGCAAAUUCCAAACACCAAUGAAGUUCUCCUGGCUGCCGGUGGUCAAGAGGCCGAGAUACAUUUCUCCACAUACAAACCUUCCUCUUCCUCACAUCGUCGAGCCAAGCUGCAAUGGCAUUUCGAGGACAGGCUCUAUGGAUCUAUUAACAACUCCGUAUUUCUAACUUCCUUAAGCAUGACUCAGUCUCAUGAAAGCAGUAUCGAACCCCGCGUCGCAAUCAGCAACAACGACGGGACCGUUAGGUUCUUCGAUGUUCCUAUCCGGACACGGUAUCGCACCAAGUUGCAAGAAGUUGGCUGUCUUCGACUCAGUGUUCCUAUCAACCACUCGUCUAUAUCGCCUGAUGGAAGAACGCUUCUCUCUGUCGGAGACACAUCCAAGGUCUUUUUGCACCGACUGACGGGUGGAUCACGGAUCAACAUACAGCCAAUCGCAACCCUUCCCCUUCCUCCGCCCGAGGCCUCGCCGCUCCCAUAUGCAUCAACCGCAUUGGUCGCAUCAUUCUCAACCUCCUUUUCUUCAGAUGGCACCAAGUAUGCUGUAGCAUCUCAAGAGGGUGUUGUCGCAGUCUGGGAUGUUCGAAGCACUAAACCGCUAAAGACGUUCUACACCGACAAAAAUCGCGUACCACUGGGCUGUGGGGGAGCAACUGGCUGGCUGUCAGACGACCCGUGGGAGUGGACACGCGGCAGCUGUAAAGCGCCCGGAUGGAGCGUUCGGAACGUCAAGUUUGGACAUGGGGGAAGGAAUGGGCAGGGUAAAGAGCUCAUGACGUUCACCGAGCACACUUCACUACUCCACGUUGUUGAUGCCCGUACAUUUGAGACGGAAGAAAUAAUUCAUGUCCCUGGUUUUCCAUCACCAGCAGUUCAAUCAUCUUCACGUCCUCAUGAUGCGAAUCGCCCCCGCCAACGAUCGCCACGAAUGCAACCAGUUUCCCGCCCUGCAAGGAGUCUCACACCACCUGUCGCGAGCUACGAAGUUUUCGAACCGCCACCACCGCCGUCCUCUUUCAUGUUCAUGGCACUUGAAGAUACAUUCCGCAUCCCAUCCAUGUCCCCUUCGACGUCGCAGUCGCGUAGACGAUCACGACGCCCGACAUCCACAGACUUGAAUUCGGCUCUGGAAGCUGUGGAUAACAAUGAAGAAGACGAUCUUGUUGUCAUACCGCCGUUGGGCGAUAGGCAAGUAGAGAACGAUGUCCAAACGCUUUUGGGUCGACACGGGAUACGUUCAAGACAUACUAGCGAGGAUUCACGAGAUCCUGUGGAUUUCUAUUAUGGAGCCGGGAAUGAUAAUCAGGGUGGAGAUGAUGACAUGGAAGUAGAUGAGUUGGAGUCUGACUGUAUCCCAUCUCAUACUCCUUCACGCUCCUCCUCACCCUCGCCGUCUGUCCACAUUAGUGCGCCAUCUCGAUAUCCUUCGUUUUCUCCUGUAGAUACACCAAGAACGAUCUCAUCCCGACAGCGACGUGCGCACAAUGAAAGGCCCCCGGUAACACCCACUCAGGACGAGGAUAACCACUUGGAUAUUGCCGGAACGUGUUUUGACCCUUCUGGUGCUUAUAUCUACGUUGCCACGACAGAAAGCGUAGCGGAGUGGAGCGUAAAUGGAGCUGAGAAGAGGUGGUGGCUGGAUAAUGAUUGUUGGGCGUGAAAUCUUACGGGCUGUUAGUACGAAUUGCUCUUGUACUCACGUUAUGUAUGGUCGUUCUGUAGUUCUGGUUUUUCGCAUGUUUGUACAAUUACUUAUGUACCACUAACAUCAUGGAAACGGAUAUCAUGUAACACAUCAAUCAAUGUUUUUAAAU